GCUGUCAGUCUGGAUGAACAGGCACGGCGUCCGCAUCGUGUGAAUCGUUUGAGCCAGAUAAUUCAUCAAUUUUUUCUUAAAAUAAUUUCUUGGGGAGGAUAUUAAUGGAAGUUUUUUGCAAUGAUAAGUUUUGGGAUUUGAAUCAAACAUGGUAUAAUCAGAUUCCAGAAUUCUCAACAUGCUUUGAAGACAUCAUACUUGUUGCAUUGCCUUGUUUGUCAUAUUUUAUAAUUCUCUUAAUUAAUUUAUUACUACAGCCAAGGCCUAUUAAUCCAAAUUCUCUGCCAUGGACUUGGUUGAAUAUAACAAAAAUAGUUCUUUCACUUUGUUUAUUCGUCAUGAGCUGUAUUUGGUGUGGUAUUAUCAUUCAUGACAUUUAUUCUGAUCACGAUGUGCCUUACUCUUCAUUGUUAUCAUCAUCCUCCAAAGUUGCCAUAUUUUUCAUGGUGACAUUAAUUAUGCUACAGCAUCGGUCUUGUGGAGUUACAACAUCAGUAGCAUUAUCCACAUUUUGGUUACUUUUUUCAUUAUGCAGCAUAAUUUUGUACAGAUCAGCAUUUUUAAAAUAUUUCAUUACAAAAUUAGAUGAUGCUUCAGGAGUUAUCUUUGUUUUAGACAUGGUAUUUUAUCCCGUAAUUUUUAUUCAACUGAUUCUGUCAGUGUUUGCUGACAAGAAAAGGUUCUCUUCACUUCAUGAGACUAAUAUUAUGGAUGAAGUAUCAUUUCUGUCAAACAUUACAUUUUUGUGGUUCAUGAAAUAUAUUUAUUUAGCCAGGAAAAGGCUCCUGAUAGUGGAAGAUUUCUUUUUUUCAACUACUUAUUUGACAGCUAAAACUCUUUAUGCAACUUUUGAAAAGCAGUUCAAAUAUUAUUUAUUACCAGGAAAACAUGAAAAUAUAAAUCUUCUUUGGGCAUUAUUAAAAGCAUUUUGGCCAUGGAUUGUGGGAGCAGUACUUAUAGAAAUUUUGUUUGUCAUUAUGCUACUAAUACCACCACUUCUCUUAGACCGGAUUAUUGAUUUUACAACUGGAGACCAAUAUACUUGGAGAGGAUAUCUUUAUGCAGUUUUGAUUUUUUUUACUGAUUUUAUUGGAAAAUUAUUAUUAAACAAUGCAGUCCAUUUAAUGAUUAUUUCAGGUAUUCAGUUCCAAUCUUCUCUAAUGGGAGCACUUUUUAGAAAAAAUUUAUCUAUGGCAAAUUCUGCUCGGAAAGAUUAUGAUAGCGGUGCAUUGAUGAGCUUAUUAACUGUAGAUGUAAAGAGGAUUCAAUGGUUUACCGAACAAUUCAGUGCCUUGUUUACAGUGCCAUUUAAAAUAACUCUUAUUAUUUAUAUAAUGUGGCAGUACAUUGGGGUAUCUACUUUAGCUGGUGUUGCAGUUAUUUGUAUUCUGUUUCCAUUCAGCUAUUACGUAUCAAGAGUUGGUUGGAAAUUUAAUGACAAACAGAUGAACGUGAAGGAUUAUCGGUUAAAAUUAAUGAAUGAAAUUUUAAAUGGCAUAAAAAUCUUGAAACUGUAUGCUUGGGAAAUACCAUUUGCUGGAAGGGUAUCUGAUACAAGAAAUGAGGAAAUAAAAUGGAUUCGUUACUCUUUCUUCUCAUAUAUAUUUACCAAUUUCAUAUUCUUCUGUGCUCCUUUCAUGAUAUCCAUUGCAGCUUUUGCAACAUUUUUGUUGAAGGAUCGUGAUAAUGUUCUGAGUCCUACUAGAGCUUUUGUAACUUUAACAUUAAUGGAGCAGUUGAGAUAUGCUCUCUUUGAAUUGCCUGAUGCUGUAGCUGAUCUUAUACAGUUCAGUAUAUCCUUAAAGCGACUAAGAAAAUAUUUUGACUGUGAGAAUAAAGAUGAAAAAGUUAUUGGAAAUGAUCCUGAUAGAGAGGAAGCUGUUACUGUGAAAGGAGCUUCAUUCUCCUGGGGCUCUGAUUCCGAUUGUGUGCUAAAGGAUAUUGAUUUGCAUGUUCCUGCAGGCAAAUUGAUUGCUGUUAUUGGACCUGUUGGUGCUGGAAAAUCGUCUUUGCUGUCUGCCUUAUUAGGAGAAUUAUAUAAAAGGAGUGGCUCAGUAGAUUUAAAGGGUAGUAUAGCCUAUGUGCCUCAGGUUACAUGGGUGUUAAACAGAUCUCUGAGAAACAAUAUCUUAUUAGUAAAGCAUAUGGCAGAAGAAAAAUAUAACAAAAUUUUAGAUUUGUGCUGUUUGAGAGCUGAUUUGGAAAUUCUACCUGCUGGGGAUGAAACAGAAAUAGGAGAAAAGGGAGUUAAUUUAAGCGGUGGACAAAAACUGCGCGUCAACCUGGCACAAGCAGUGUAUCAGGAUAAAGACAUCUAUCUUCUUGAUGAUCCCUUGAGUGCUGUUGAUGUCCAUGUUAGGAAAUCUUUAUUUAAUGACGUUAUUGGUAAUAAUGGUUUAUUAAAGAACAAGACUAGAAUUCUCGUCACUCAUGAUACAUCUGUGCUAUCAGAUGUAGACUUCAUUGUGAGCAUGAAGGAUGGAAAAAUUGAUGAAAUUGGUUCUUAUGAUGAACUGUUGGAUAAGAAAGGAUCGUUUGCUAGCUUCAUGGAGGAACACUCUAUCCAAAAAGCAGAUGAAGAAAAUGAAUUAGAAAAUGAAAUAUUAAGUAUAUCUCGACUGAACUCAAGAGAUUCAGCAAAAUCGGCUGAACUUAGUGAACUUGGUGGUACAGAUAGGCUACUUUUAAAUGCAGAGAAGUUAGCAGAUGAAUUAAAAGAAAAGCAUAGACUUACUGAUGAUGAAAAGAUGGAAGUAGGAGGAGUACAUAGAUUUAUUUAUGUGAAUUAUGUGAAACAAAUGGGUUUACCAUUAUUCCUAGGUUCUGUACUUGGUUUCUUUUCCCUUGUAUCAUUUGAAGCUGGUGGAAAUAUUUGGUUAAGUGAUUGGAGCUCUGAUGCAACUAAAAAUGGGACUCACAGCAAAUCUCAAACUGUUUGGCGGUUAUCCAUGUAUGGGGCUUUUGGCAUAGCUCAAGUUCUGUCUUCUGUUUUGGGAGGAUUCUUGCUUAUAUUGGGGGCAACAAGAGCCUCUGAAAGGUAUCAUAGGUUCAUGCUCGAUAGUGUUCUGAAAUCUCCAAUGUCUUUUUUUGAUACUACUCCUGUAGGAAGAAUCAUUAACAGAUUUACGACAGAUAUGGAAAUACUGGACAAUCAGCUGUUUUACCAAAUUGAAGGAUGGUUCAAUUGCAGCUUUUUUGUCCUUGCUUCUUUUGUUGUUAUUGGAAUAAACAUACCAAUCUUUUUAGCUUGUCUUAUUCCUUUAGGUGUGCUAUAUUAUCUUAUAUUGAAACUGCAUUUAAAUACAUUUAGGCAAAUAAGAAGGUUAGAAUCUACUGGACGUUCUCCCAUUUAUAGUCUUUUCAUGGAGGCUAUUCAAGGUGUCUCAUCUAUAUCUGCAUAUGGUGCUAAAAAGGAUUUUAUUGAAACAUUUGAAGAAAAAUUAGACAGAUGCUUUGUAUGCACAUUUAAUACUGCUGUUUGCAACAGAUGGCUUGCUUUUUGUUUAAAUACUCUUGGGAGCACCAUCAUCUUUGUUACAACUAUAUUAGCUAUUCAAAAUCGAGAUACUAUGAGCCCUUCUGUUGUUGGUCUCAUCAUAACAUAUUCACUUACAGUAACUGAUGCUUUGAAAUGGUUCGUAAGAACAAACUCUGAACUGGAAAACAAGUCUAUUUCAAUAGAACGAAUUGAUGAGUAUUGUCACUUGGAGCCAGAGGCACCUUGGGAUUUGUCUAAUCAGAACUUAAACAAAGACUGGCCCCAGAAUGGUACCAUUUUCUUCGAAAAUUACAGUACUAAAUACAGAGAAAAUCUUGACCUUGUAUUAAAAGAUAUAAAUCUUUCUAUUGAAGGAUCUGAAAAGGUUGGCAUAAUUGGACGUACAGGAGCAGGAAAAUCAUCAAUUACCUUAGCUUUAUUCAGAAUUGUUGAACCAGUUUCUGGGACAAUAUUUAUUGAUGAUAUUGAUAUUACUAAAAUCGGUUUACAUAAUUUAAGAUCAAAAUUGACUAUAAUUCCUCAGGAUCCUGUUUUAUUUACUGGUAAUCUGAGAAUAAAUCUGGACCCAAAUAAUGAACACAGUGAUGACGAAAUUUGGGAAAGUUUGGAAAAGUCAUAUUUAAAGAAUUUUGUUUCAAAUUUAAAUGAAGGUUUAGAAUAUAACAUUGAAGAGGGUGGUGCUAAUCUUAGUGCUGGUCAGAGGCAGCUGGUUUGCUUAGCUAGAGCCUUGCUAAAGAAUUCGAAAAUUCUAGUUUUGGAUGAAGCAACUGCUUCUGUUGACAUGGAAACUGACAGUCUGAUUCAGAAUACAAUCCGAACAGCUUUUACUGAUCGUACUGUAAUCACGAUAGCUCACAGGAUAAAUACAGUAUUGGAUUAUGAUAAAAUUGUGGUCCUGGAAAAUGGCAACAUUAUUGAAGUUGGUAACCCUACAAAUUUACUUGAAGAUCAAAAUUCCAGGUUUUAUUUAAUGAACAAGGAGGCAGGGCUGAUAUAAAUAUGUAUUUAUUCUUGUAGUAGUUAUUAUAAUAUGUUAAUAAUUUAUUUUUUUAAAUAUACAUGUAAAAUAAAUAUAUUUUUU